AAAAUGGGGGAGAAGAGCGGCGGUGGUUUCUGGUGUGUUCCGGCGUGUCCGCUCCGCAUGCGCACCAGCUCAGAACCGCUCUCCGCAGCCAACCGGGGCUCAAUCCGCACGCGCACUCACCCUGCCGCCUUUCCCCCGAUCUCUCCUCUUCGGUGAACCAGUGUGGAUUGCUCCGUCGUCCCUCCUCCCCUAUCCUCUCCAGGGUUUCCCAGGAUAGGAUGCAGGAGGUUAAGCACACGGUUCAGACGCACGGGGCUAGACUGGCCAGAAAGCACACCUAUGACUGGGUCGUUCUCGUUCUCCUAGCCGCGGUUGUGCUCGUGUUGCACUACGCUCCUUCAUUUACCCGGUUUGUCGGCAAGGAUAUGAUGGCGGACAUUAGUUACCCAGUGAAACAGAGUACUGUGCCAGCAUGGAGUGUUCCUAUAAUCUCUAUAGUCUGUCCCGUGGCUGUCUUCAUAUCACUGUACAUUGCUAGAAGAGAUGUCUAUGAUCUUCACCAUGCGACCCUAGGUGUUGCUUUUGCUGUGCUGAUCACUGCCGCUUUCACUGAUGUGAUAAAGAAUGCAGUAGGGAGACCUAGGCCCGACUUCUUUUGGCGGUGUUUUCCUGAUGGAAGGCAGCUAUAUGAUCAAGUGACAGGUGCUGUGAUUUGCCAUGGCGAGAAAAGUUUCUUAACCGAUGGGCGCAGGAGUUUUCCUAGUGGACACGCGUCGUGGUCUUUUGCUGGACUUGGAUUUUUGUCACUGUACUUAUCUGGCAAAAUUAAGGCGUUUGAUCGCAAAGGCCACCUGGCAAAACUUUGCAUCGUGAUUCUUCCUCUUCUUCUCGCUUCUCUUGUUGGAAUUUCUAGAGUAGACAACUACCGACACCACUGGGAGGAUGUGUUUGUUGGCGGCCUGAUUGGGUAUAUCAUGGCAGUGCUGUGCUAUUUGCACUUCUUUCCUCCUCCGUAUCACCAUCAAGGUUGGGCCCCAUAUGCAUACUUCCACAUGCUGGAGGAGCUUGAUGCUGGCAAUUCAAACAAUGCCCAGAACCAACAGUCUGCAGGUGAGCAUCAUCAUAUCGGAUUAGCCGGCCAGCACCAUAAUGGGAGAUCGAGAAAUGAUUUGGAAUCUGGAAGCGUGUAACUCACCCUUGCAUGCAAGGUGCAACCGAAUAGCGUACCUUGUACAGUAAUCAUGACUUCAAACUUUUUUUAUCUGUGCACUCGGCAAGUAUUAGAAGUUUAGAACUAGACCAUGUGAUGUUUUCUCCUUAUGUUUGUGACCGUCCAUCUCUUGUACAAAAAUCGCAUACUCUGUAUAUUCUGACCUAGUAUGUUGUUCUAGGACCAUCUGAUGUGGCUAAAUUAUGUGUUUAUGUCUUA